ACAGCCACAGCGCGAGGGCGACUGACGGCUCGAGGCAGCUGCUGGAGCUCUGGACACCUGUUGCCACGGAAACAGGAGCGGCGGGAAAAAUUACCAAUAAAACAAACCAGAAGAAGAAACCCGCUGCCCGGCCAGGUGUUUUCCUCCACAGCUGUUAAAGACAGCCAUGUCGUCUACGGUGCUGCUCAAUCUGCUGCGUUGUGGUCGCUCCACCAUCGCCAGACAGACCUUCCUCGCCACACGCUCCUCGCCAGAAACCUCCACAGCUUCCGGGCAGGCGUUGUUCGGGGUGGUGGGCGUACGACAGGCCAGCGGGUCGGCCCGCUUUGACAGUGACGGCAGCGGCCAGCCGGUCACCUGGGACUCAUUUGGUAUCUGGGACAACAGGAUAGAAGAACCAGUGCUGCUGCCCUCCAGUAUCAGAUAUGGAAAACCCAUUCCACAGGUAACUGGACACAUCGUGUAUCUAUUGUUAGAAAAUACCCCUUUAAAUAUAGGUUGGUAGGUUGGUUGGUUCGUA